AUGGGGAAGACCGGGCAGAGCACGGUGGCCUUGAACUCCCCGACGGAGGUUAAACAAGCGGUGCCCUUUGAGGAACUGGAUCCUGUGGCGCCCCCUGCUGACAAGAGAAAGAAGACAGAGGAGCCGACAGAGGAGCCGCCUGACAGGGGGAGCUGGAAGGGCAAGUUCGAUUUCUUGCUAUCGUGUGUGGGAUACGCCAUCGGAUUAGGAAACGUCUGGAGGUUCCCUUAUCUCUGUGGCAAGAACGGAGGAGGAGCGUUCCUGAUCCCGUACUUCUUGACGCUGGUGUUUGCUGGGAUCCCGCUCUUCUUCCUGGAGACGUCUCUGGGACAGUUCACCUCAGUGGGGGGGCUGGGAGUGUGGAGACUCAUGCCUAUGAUGAAAGGUGUCGGCCUGGCUUCAGUGGUUCUGUCCUUCUGGCUCAACAUCUACUACAUCAUCAUAAUCGCCUGGGCGCUCUACUACUUAUUCAACUCCUUCGGUUCGGAGCUGCCGUGGCAAAGCUGUGAUAACCCCUGGAACACAGAGAAAUGUUUUUCCAACUACAGUCUGACGGACACCACCAACCUGACCAGUGCCGUCACUGAGUUCUGGGAGCGUAACAUGCACCAGAUAUCCAGUGGUCUGGAUGAGCCAGGACAGCUGCGCUGGCCCCUGGUGGGCACUCUGGCUCUGGCCUGGGUCCUCGUCUACUUCUCAAUCUGGAAAGGAGUGGAGUGGACGGGGAAGGUGGUGUAUUUCUCCGCCACUUAUCCCUACUUCAUGCUGUUCAUCCUGUUCUUCCGAGGGGUCACUCUGCCCGGAGCCAUAGACGGCAUCCUCUUCUACAUUACCCCAGACUUCAAUAAACUCAUCAGCUCGGAGGUGUGGCUGGAUGCUGCGACUCAGAUCUUCUUUUCCUAUGGCCUGGGCCUGGGCUCACUCAUCGCACUGGGGAGCUACAACUCUUACAACAAUGACGUCUACAAGGACUCCAUUAUAGUCUGCUGCAUCAACUCCUGUACAAGCAUGUUCGCUGGAUUUGUCAUCUUUUCCAUCGUAGGCUUCAUGUCCUACAUCACCAAGAAACCUGUGCAGGAAUUAGCAGCGUCAGGUCCAGGUCUGGCGUUCUUGGCGUAUCCUCAGGCCGUCACCCAGCUGCCCAUGUCCUCGCUAUGGGCCAUCCUCUUCUUCUCCAUGCUCAUGAUGCUGGGCCUGGACAGUCAGUUCUGCACAGUGGAAGGCUUCAUCACCGCUCUGAUGGAUGAAUACCCCAUGGUGCUGAGGAAGAGGAAGAAGGUCUUCAUUCUCAUUGUCUGCUUCAUCUCCUUCAUCAUCGGCUUCUCCAACAUCACACAGGGUGGUCUCUACGUGUUCAAGCUGUUUGAUUACUACUCCGCCAGUGGGAUGUGUCUUCUCUUUCUGGUCUUCUUCGAAACCAUCUCCAUAUCUUGGUUUUAUGGAGCUGAAAGGUUUUACCAGAACAUCGAAGACAUGAUCGGCUAUCGGCCGUGCGCCUGGUGGAAGCUCUGCUGGAUGUUCUUCACGCCAAUGAUCUGCCUGGGGGUGUUUACCUUCAGUGCCAUCGAGAUGACCCCUCUGACCUUGGGGAAGUAUGUGUACCCGAUGUGGGGCCAAGUGACUGGCUGGUUCAUGGCUUUGUCUUCCAUGAUCCUGAUCCCAGGCUACGUCAUCUACAUGUUCUGCACCAGCAAGGGCAGCAUCAAGCAGCGUUGGCGGAAGAUGACAACUGCCCGGGAGGAUAAAAAGUCAUCGGGGCAUGAAGAAUUUACACACACAGGGAGCGUGGGCGAAGCUCCGGUCUAGCCAGGAUUGUUCAACUCAAAAAAAACCCCCCCCCCCCCCUCGUCUGCCAGGGACUGAAUGUGGUCGACGCUGAAAUGUGACAAUCGAGGGAGUCGUGCAUGGUGUUUUAGUGGGAUGUUUUCCUUCAUCUGAAAUUGUGCCAAAAAAUCAGGCAAAUAAAAAAUGAAGAUGAGGAAUUUAGAGGAUAGAAUUAUUAUUUUUCUGCAGUAAAAUCUAGAUAGAUUCACCAUGGACCCUUGUAC